AUCAGAACUACAAGUUUAACUAUGUGUGCUCAUGGGAGUCAAACUCACUUUUUAUCAAAACAUAACAUUUUGUUUUUUAAAGAAAGGACUGGCAAGAGACUACUUGUGAUUGACAGGUAAGGCGAACUAAUUAGCACUGAUGCUCACGUACUGAUUAUAUUUUUUAAAGACAUUUACAACGUAAAAAUUGGCAGUUUGUACAACACUUAAAGUUUACAUUCCUCAUGGGAUACAAAUGUUCUCUUUAUCGAAGCAGUUAAUGAUUACUGUGAAUGUGUUUUCUUUUACCGCUUAAACUAAAUGCAGUACUAUACACAAAAUAUAUUUAAAACAUGUUUUCAAGACAUUUAAACAUAGGCAGACAGUAAAAGGAAUCUUUACUCUUUAGACAAGUGAAACAUCCGGCAAGAGAUGACGGACGGGUGAGCAUACCCAAUCAGCGCUGCUGAGACUGACUUCCGUGGGGGCGGGGUCGUCCCCGAGCGAUUAUCUGAGCUAGCUCCCACCUGGAAGAUGUUAUCAAGGCCACGUUUGGCCCCUGAAAGACAACUUUUGUUUCGCUCAAGUGAGCUUUGGGGAACGAAAGAGCGGCGGGUUGCUUUCGGGAGACUGACUCGCUUCUACUUUGACCAAGUCUUGAGACCUCAGCGCUGGAGCCAUGACAGAGUUCCAGGAGAAGCUUCGGAAGCAGCACGAGGAGUCCAUGUGCUGCGAGCUGGACGAGCUCCUCGCCACCGCAGGCGACGCCCAUGCACAGAGUUGCAAGAAUGACUUUGACGGCUUUAAGAGGCUCUUCCACAGGUUUCUACAGGUCAAAGGUCCUGCAGUGGACUGGGCCAAAAUCAGCCGCCCGCCUAAGGACACUAUCGUGGCGUAUGAGGAGAUCCGGGCCGAGCACCAGCUGCGGGAUGUGGCGUCGUGCCUCAACAAGUUGGCGGUGGUCAAGCUGAAUGGCGGCCUGGGCACCAGCAUGGGAUGCAAAGGCCCCAAGAGUCUCAUCAGCGUACGCAACGAAAACACCUUCCUCGACCUCACCGUCAAACAGAUUGAGCAUUUGAACAAGACAUACGAUGCUGACGUUCCUCUGCUCUUGAUGAAUUCCUUCAACACGGACCAAGAAACCAAGAAGAUUCUUCAGAAGUACAAACAUCACCGACUGAAGAUACACACCUUUAACCAGAGCAGGUACCCGCGUAUCAACAAGGAGUCCCUGCUUCCCAUCGCCAAGAGUUUGCAUGUGAGUGCAGACAGCACGGCAGAGGCGUGGUACCCUCCGGGUCACGGCGACAUCUACGCCAGCUUAGCCAACUCGGGCCUGCUGGACCACCUCCUGGACGAGGGCAAGGAGUACGUGUUCGUGUCCAACAUCGACAACCUGGGCGCCACCGUCGACCUUCACAUCCUCCGCAGGCUCAUCAACCAAUCGCCAGACAGGCGCUGCGAGUUCAUCAUGGAGGUCACUGACAAGACACGCGCCGACGUCAAGGGCGGCACGCUGAUCCAAUACGAGGACCACUUGAGGCUGCUGGAGAUCGCUCAGGUUCCCAAAGCCCACGUGGACGAGUUCAAGUCGGUCACCAAGUUCAAGAUUUUCAACACCAACAACUUGUGGAUCUCGCUAAGCGCCGUCAAGAGGCUGCUCGACAACAACGCCAUUGACUUGGACGUCAUCGUCAACUACAAGACGCUGGAGGGCGGUCUGAACGUGAUCCAGCUAGAGACGGCGGUGGGCGCAGCCAUCAAGAGUUUCCGUAACGCUAUGGGCGUCAAUGUGCCGCGUUCUCGAUUCCUGCCCGUCAAGACGUCCGCGGACCUGCUGCUGGUCAUGUCCAACCUGUACAGCCUGGACGCAGGUUCGCUUACCAUGAGCCAAAAAAGGGAGUUCCCCACCACACCGCAUGUCAAGCUGGGCAGCUGCUUCGCCAAGGUCCAAGAGUUCCUGUCCCGCUUCGACAGCAUCCCAGACAUGCUGGAGUUGGACCACCUCACUGUGGCAGGAGACGUCACCUUCGGGAAGAACGUCUCACUCAAGGGAACGGUGAUCAUCAUCGCCAACCACGGCGAUCGUAUCGACAUCCCCGCCGGAGCCAUGCUGCAGAACAAGAUCGUGUCAGGAAACCUGCGCAUCCUGGACCACUAAAAGCAGACGGCAACAAAAACUACACAAGGAAACCAAAAGUGUACUCUUUGACAAAGCAAAAAGCACUUUACAAAGAAUCUUUCAAGCCAUUUUAGGUCAAAGGUCACCAAACAAGAAGUUAACUGUCCACAACUGCUCGUCUUUGAGGUCAAUAAAUAAAGUCUUUAAUAGUCUGCCUUUAGAUGACCUAAACUGACCAUUGAAAAGUUCCCAGGCGUCUUAUAAAAGCUUUCGGACAUACAGCCGGCCCUUGUUAUUCACGGCCGGGCCGGGUCAUUGUCCCCUUCGAAUAGAAGAACUACGCAUCAUUGACACCCAUUAUAAUUGCAUUGUAAACAAAAAAAGCUGAACCCCAAAAAUUCUUUCAGCAGGAUAUCCCUUCAAUAACUGUUUUCCACAAAAUACAAAGAGUUUGGUUCACCCCCCCCAAAAACAAAGAGAUUGGGGAAUCUGUGAAUAGGUGAAUCCGCAGGCCCAUAACCGUGAACGUACAGGAUUCCACUGUACUAUGAAACAACAAAACGUAAAACUGCAAAACGUGGUGACGUGUGAAAUCAGAAUGACAAAAUGUAUUAAAACAAAAAAAAAAACAACG